AGAUCUGUAAACUGUACCGUACAGUGUGUGCUGUUAGUUUGGCGUUAGCAUCACAGUGUACACCAUCAGGCCGCUGAGCGCAGGUUAGUGUCUUUAUCUGUGAUUUUAUUAACUCUUUGUCUCUCUGGAGCCGUGUGUUUUAUGUUGUACACGCCAAUACCGCCUCAAACAGGGCGUGUUUUAUUCUUUUGACCCCCUAAGUGUGUGUGUUUCUCCACACCGUUGCUAGCUGCUAAACCAGAAGAGUGUUGUGAUUUAGCUAACUCAGGUAGGAAGCAGGUUUCUACUCGUCAGGAUGUUUAUGAUUUUAAUGUGUCAGGAGACUUUACAACUAUCAUAUGUUACCAUUGUAAUCUAGGAUCCAUUCUUUGUGUUGCUGAAUGUUUCUAUUGUUAAUCUCCGAGCAAAAUCAACACGUGAAUUACAGGUUUAAACUAUGAUACACGAUUAAAACUUCUCUGUUCAUAUUUCCUGACAGUAUCUGCAGCUCUUGUUUCCAAAUGCUGCUUCAUGGACUAUUAAGAGUUUAUUUAACUAAUGCAUGCUUUAUUAAAUACAGUUUCAGCAUUAUCUGUUUAAUCUGCCAUCUUUGGAGAUGUAACUGUAACACAGUAUGUAACCUCUGACUACAAUGAGGAAACCGUCCCUGUUAUACAGCUGGGAUGAGUCCUACAAUAUCCUACUCCUACACUGGAUGUGUGAAGUAGGGCUGCACAAUAUCACAACAGAGUCACAAUAUGAGCAUUUAAAGUAAUAAUUCAUCACAGUAAUACUACUACUACUAAUAAUAAUAAUUAUUAUUAUUUUUAUGUUAUUUAUAACGCACUUGUACAGAUGCUCAAAGAUGCCUCAAAGAAAAAGAAGAAAAUGAAAAAAAAAAUUUUAAAAUACAGAAAAUUAUGAGAAAUAAAAUCAAUGAUGUAAAAGUUAAAAGAGACACAAUAAAAGAACAGAUUCACAAGUCAAUUUAAAAAGGUGUGUUUUUCAGAGUGAUUAAAAGUAUGGGGGUCUGUACAGUCUCGAAGGGGUUUGGGGAGUGAAUUCCAGAAGGUUGGGGCGUCAAUGGAGAAAGCUCUGUCCCCCCAAGUUUGGCGCUUGGUCCAAGGGGAUAGGGCAAGAAUAUUUCCCUCUGAGGAUGGGAGGGCACGGGAGGGCACGGGAGGGGGUGUAGUGGUGGAGCAGGUCUGUGAGGUAGGUGGGGGCCAAGUUGUUAAAUGAUUUGUGGGUGAGCAGGAGGAUUUUGGAUUGUAUGGGAUGGUGGGCCAAUACAGAUUUUGGAGGACAGGGGUGAUGUGUUCUCAGGAGGUGGUGUGGGUGAGCAGAGUUUUGAAUGUAUUUGAGUUUAUUGAGGACUUUGGAUGAUGAGCCGUAUAGGAUGCUGUUGCAGUAAUCUGGUCUGGAUGUUAUGAAAGCUUGGAUCAAUAGAUUAGUCAACUAUGUUAUAAAUUCAAUCAGUGUUGUCUCACUUAGUAUGUUCACCUGGCCUGUUAGAUGUACUAUGCCCUGGCCUUGCUCUUACACCAAUGUCAAAUAAAGAUUGAAUUAACUGUCAGUUAUACUCUGGUGAUAAAUAGAGAUACACAAACUGCCUUUGGAUGCAGCUUUGGUUCAAGAGAAACAUAUUACAAACAUGAUAAAUGUCUAAAAUGCAAAGAACAACAAAUAGUCAAUAGAAACUGUGAGUUAUUAAAGCUUAUUUUCACUCCUCAGUGUGUGUUUAUUUACCACACUUACUGCUUUUCUGUGUCUUGUUGGCCGUGUCUCAACUUUUUUAAAACCUGUCGCUGGUAACAAAUUAAAAUCAACCUAUGUUUUUGUUUACACAAAUGCAUUUGCAAGUUUUAUGUUUAGAUAUAUUGGGUUCGGCAUCAUAAACCUGCUGAAGUGAAAUUGUUCCUGUUUUUCUGUUUCUUUGAAGUCUGAAGCAGUGAGAGGUGAUCACUUGCCCACCUGGAAGUCACCUGUCUCCAGACACAGUCGGUGUGAUGGAGGAGGAGGCGGCUCGCUGCUUUCUCAGGAGGUUCGUGGAGGAGUUCCCUGCUGCUCUUGGGGACAGCGAUCCGCUGCCUGUGACCCCACUGAGCCGCAGAGUCUCUCAGGAGGAGCUGCACGGGGAGAGUCUAGAGCUGGGCCUCAGGCUACUCAGUGCCAGGUAGGACCAGAAACAAAACUUAAAAGUCCUCUGUUCUACCUGUAUGAUAGACCUGCGGUUUAUACAUAGGGACAUUUAAAGUAACUGCACUAUGAGUAGAUUUCUUUGUGUUAAAUUUCCUCCAUAUUAUUUCUCAUUAUCAGAAACAAAGCACAGUGUAUCACACACUUAGCUCCAGCAUGUGUGUGUGUUUGUGUGUGGGUGUCUCUACAUUCCUCACAUGCCUGACAGCUCCACUCCUGCCCGGCGCAUUUGCACUACCUAGUUUAAUCUGCAGUUCUAGUUCAUGCAGCAGAAAGAGCUGCUGACACAUCGUUUAAGCCUUAAAACUGGACAGAACCAAACCAUAAAACUGCAUAGAAACAAAAAACCCUUAUUAAAUGCUUCUUUUAACUGUUUACAACACGCGCAAGUCAUCCUCUAAGCAGUGUUGUCUGAGAAGGGAUGGUUCAGGGGUCAGAUUCUGGGCAAGUUAGUUUAAGUUCACAGCAGCUGUUAAACAUUUCCAGGGUAUUACGCUAACAUCCAUGAAUCUUCUGUUUAGACACUUUGCAGAGGUGUAGUUUGAGCAUUCAAUAUUGCAACAUAAUAUGUGUGUAUUAAAAAUACAGAUCAGUGUCACAGGUCUCUAUGAAGGAAAAAGAAAACACUAGAACACUGGGGUUGUCAGACUUCUGGAUUUCCUCCAACUGAGUUUGAAGUUUGUCAUGGGUGAAGGUCUGAGUCUUUGUCAGGGAUCAGCUCUGAGUGAACUCUGAAUCUUUGCUGAAUGUAGAAUAAGAGGAUUUGUUAAAUUUAUCAGGUCUUAGUUCCUGAACAAAACCUGACUAACAUGCAUUAGUCAUGUCAGUCUAUCUCUCUUCCUUCCUUGCUCUCUUUUCUCUCUCUCUCCCUCCCUUUCUCUCAUUCACUGCUCACCAUGUACCCUCUGUCAGGAAGAAUUUAUUUCCUGCCUGCAGAGCCUCUAUUGUUCCAUAGUUUCCUGUUUCCACAGUCUGGUCUCCUCUGCAGCACAGACGUAACUCUGACAGUUGGCAAAGCUGGGUUCAAACCCGCGGAAUGAUUUUCUUUUUUAAUUCUGCAAACAAACCUGGUCACAUCUUUAACAGAGCUUGUUUUUGUUUACAGGGGUUCUCCUGCGGGACUCAGCGCCCUCCUCUGUCAGACGGCUCUGUCCCAGCUGCUCCUGGAUGACCUUUCACCUCUCCACUGCCCACAGGAUGCUGAGGCCAACCAGGAAGAGGAACAGGAAACAGUCUGUAAGUAGUGGUGUCAUGUGUAAUUCACCCUCGAUGAUAUGGCUGAAAAAAAAGUCAAAAACUAUCUUGAAGUGACAGAAAAUUAGAAUAAUACACACCAUGACAGGAAAGGGUUAAUAAAGAUUUUAACACCCCACUGAGUCUUUUUCAGGACAUGGUAUAGACAAUAAAAAAGAACCUGAGAUCAUUCAUUUUGGAUUUAGACUCUUCAGAUAACAAACUUGUGUUCCAGACAAAAAUCUAAAUGCCUCCAAAACCUGACUCUGAAGAAAAACUUUCUCUCCUUUAUUUAUUUUCCUUCCUCCAUCUUUAUUUUAACCUCAGUGCUUCAGUCGGAGGCAGCUGCACGUCUCUUCUUUAACAAGCUGAUAAAUGUGGCACUGGCAUGGCAUCAAAACCUCCCAAAGCUUCUCCCCUCCCACUCCUGCUACCUCCACUCCUCUGUUCAUGCCAUCAAGAACACAAGGAGAAAGAUGGAGGACAGACACCUGGCCCUCCCUGAGUUUAACCAACUCUUAGGCAUCCAGGUAUGACACUUUGACUGCAACAUCAAAAAACAAAGAUGUCGAUCUUCACAGCGAGUAACACGCCUCCUAUUUCUGUUCUCUGGUCCAGGAGGGAGUGAGGCACGCAUACUAUGCUGUCUUUGACGGCCAUGGAGGGGUGGAUGCUGCCAUCUUCGCUGCCACACAUCUCCAUGUUUUUCUGAGCAAACAAGAGAGUCUGAAGAGUGACGCAGCAGCAGCCUUUAGGAGCGCCUUCACACAAACAGACGAACUGUUCAGGAGCAAAGCCAAGAGAGAGGUACUGACACACUUCACCGCGAGAUGAUCUGUUUUAAUCCCCAAAACACUCUGAUUCACAUUCAUGGUAGUAACAGAACAUUAAAUAUCAACUCAGAGUAGAAUUACAGAGAUCUGUCAAAUACCUGAUGAUGCAUUAGACUGUUGGUAAAUUCAAAACAUACUUUAUUAACUCACUUGUAUUUUCUGUCCCGGACAUUUUGCACUCUUGGGUAGAAGAGCCUCAUUUUUUUAUUCAUUAAGGUAAACAAAUACAUAUGUAUUAUCUUGAGCAUUUGACAGGCAGUCUUAAAUGCACAUAUUCAGUAGGUAAGUUUAUAUGUUUACAACUGAUAUCAUGGUUAUACAAGCUCAGAAAGUUAGCUAUGUCUGAGUGUUUUCUGGUCAUUCUGUGAGCUGUGCUGAAGUCACAAAGCUUUAUGUUGAUCAGGGUUUUUUUCAUAUGUGUGUGUUUGUGUGUCUGUGUGUCUGUGUGUGUGGUCAGCGUCUGAGGAGCGGCACUACAGGCGUGGCGGUGCUGAUCCAGGAUCAGAAGCUGACGGCAGCUUGGCUGGGAGAUUCUCAGGUGAUCCUGGUCAGAGAAGGACAAACAGUGACUCUGAUGGACCCGCAUAAACCAGACCGAGAGGUGAGAAUUUUUCCAGUACUGACUCUCACACACUCACGGAGAAAGAAAGAAAAGAGACCGAGAGAGAGAGAAAGACAGACAGACAAUUAAAAAUAGCUUAGGCGGCAACCUGAGUUUUGCAGGCUUUAGCGCCCUCUAGUGGUCUUGUAGAAGGUAGGCGACACAUUAUUUACCAAUCAUGGAAUUGUGUUGGAGCAUUUGAGCAGAGAGGGCUGUCUCAUAGCUCACACACAUUUGAAUCAUGACUGAUCUGAUUAUAAACCGAUCAUCCUGCAGAUUAUGUUUCAGCCCUUGUGUGAAAAUCUGACAGAGGGGAUUGACCCUGAUUGGUCAAAAUCAUACAACAACAGCUUUAACCUCUGAAUAGCAGAGACAAGCCAGGAACAACCUGAAAACUGUAUUUUCUGCUAGAACCAUUGAGAAGCAUGUUUUUUUUUUUUUUUUUUGUUAGCACCCUUUAUUUAUCUGGAAAGCCACAAACUUUAGAUUAGUGGGUAAAGUCUGACCAGUCAUCAGCAGAGAGUAGAAGAAGAGAGAUGAAGGAAAAUGGUUCAGAGGGAUUUCAAAUCACCCAAGGAGCUACAUGAAAAAGACGUCUACCAAACUAAAGAAAAUAGACUCAAAGCAACCAUGAACUACAGGGUGUGGCAGAGUAACAGGACUGGCUGAGUGAAAAGGAAAGAACUUAAUUGAGCACCACUGCUGUAUUUUAAUUCACAUAUGGAUUUAAAAUCACCCAAUUCAUCAAAUUCAGCAGAUAAUUGUACAUGUGCAAAGAAAAAAACAUGUAGGUAAAAACAUAACAAUCAGAUGUAAAUGUUUCUUCUCCUUUGUCGUCUGUCUAGGAUGAGAAGCAGCGGAUCGAGGAUCUCGGCGGCUGUGUCACCUUUAUGGGCUGCUGGCGUGUUAACGGCACGUACGCCGUCUCCAGAGCUAUAGGUGAGUAAAGCAUACGAUCAUGAAGACACAGCGAUUAGGAUUGAAUUGUUGCUGUGCUCCCAGUGCUGUUGCAGACAUUUUUUACCUUAUUUAGCAAUUAAAGCUCACCUUCACACCAGGGGUUGAAUUUAAAGACAUUGAUUCCGAGGCUGGCAGUGUUUGCAUUUUGUCUCCUGACGCUGAUUUUGCACUUGUUAAAACAGUUAGUGAGGAAUUGGUGUAACCUCACCUUCUCUCUCUAUUCUCUUUCAAGGGGACUUUGACCAGAAGCCUUAUGUCUCCGGGGAUGCCGACUGCUCCACAAACACGCUGCAGGGGAAUGAAGACUACCUGUUGCUGGCCUGUGACGGCUUCUUUGAUGCCGUUUCCCCUUCAGAGGUCCCACAACUGGUCCUGGAUGCUCUGCAACAGCCCGACAACCCCGAGGAGGGCCAGGGAGAUGCUCCGCUGGAUCAGUCUGAUGACGCUGUUGGACUGAGAGUGGCUCAGAGGUUGGUAGGUCACGCUAAGGCAGCAGGCUCAAGCGACAACAUCACAGUGAUGCUGGUGUUCCUGCGUCCACCGCUUCAGCUCCUCGCUGCAGACUCCAAAACAGGAACAGCAGAGGCUACGCAGGGCUCCACUUCCCAUGGUGCAUCACAACAGUGAAAGGAGAGGUCUGCAGCACAAACACCACUGUGCCAAGCUACUGACUCAUUUCUUACAUGUUAAUGUCCACAAGUGCAGUUUUACACCCUGCAGACAGCUAUAGCUCAUCAGAUGCUAACACACACAGCAGAUCAGCAUUACUUAAAAACAGUCUAAUCUGGUUUUAGUCUUUACUGACACCCCCCACCCCACCCCCAGCCAGCACACAAACACACAGAGCUCCUAAACUGAAACACUGCUCGACUUGUUUCAUACUUUAAAUCAUGGGUCGUGUUUUAUUGCAGGCGCAGACUUUUAAAAACAUCCACUCUCUGAUUGGCGUUUAUCAUCUAAAAUGUCCUUCCCUGAUUGGUCACAUUGCUACCAAGUGACCUCCAACUAUCAGCUGUGACACAAGGCAGCAUUUUUACUGUUCAUUUUUGUUUUUUCAGGACAGUGAGAGUGAUUCACUUACCAUGAUGUUACCAUGGAGAUGCACCCUGGUAAGAAGUCAGCCUCGUCCAAAGAGUUAAUGCUGAAGUUACCUCUGUCAUCACUUAUCUUGGUAAUAUGACGAACUAUGAAGAGGUUCUGCUGACCAAGUUUUUAGUGUUAGCCGCUGUUACACAGACAAAUGCAGCAUUUUAUAACUCUGCUACUGUCAACAGGUGCAGGAGUUUGAUAAUGAUUUCCACAUUCAGCUGUUUUCAGCUCUACAUGUAGCAAAAAUCGCACUUCCUGUACUUUGUUUCAGUUGACAGGAGUAUGUACACAUCCAAUAACUGACAUCGUCAUUAUCUGGACAAAGAGAGGUUCUCCAAGGGGUAGUCUGUGUGUGUUUGCAGUGUGAUAGUGGGAGGUAGUUGUCAGGAGUAAGUGUAUUACCCUCUGGAGUCCUUGGCCUUCUCAGCCUCUUCACUGAGAAACCGUCCAGAGAACCAGAACAAAAGCUAGACUUUAUAUCUCUGAGUCAGCUUGACCACAUCAGAUCAUUGAAACAAACUCCAAAGCAGCAUUCUCUGUGUAAACGCACACUCUAUGUUGACAUUUUAAGAGUGUCAUAUUGCUGGCAGAAAGCUCAGUGUUUUUUUCAGUAUUCUCAGAUGCUGCUUUUUUGUCAUAUGGAACUUUUUGCCUCAUCAGUUUUAAAUCCUUUGCUAAAAGUAUAUAUAUUUAGUUUUAGGCCACACUUUUUGAACUCAUACUAAAUACACCGUUUAAUGUGUCACCCACAGUUUCUAUCAUCGUUUCAAGAGUCACUCUUACAGAGUGGGUUUAGGGCCUUUUUAAAACUCUGAAACAGUGGCUGGGGGUUUAUCAAAAGUGUCAGUACAAACACAUUAACCCAGUAAAGUAGAUAUAGAUUUCAUAAACAGGUCUAUUAAAUUAUUGCCCUCCAUCUUUCCUUACAUUGCCUCUCCAUGUAAAAAUCUCACUCCCUUUUAUGUGUUCUGACGAGUCUGUUACUUCAAACUGUCUUAAAUGCUCUGUGUCAGUAUUUAUUAUCAAACUACAGGUCAUAUCCACAUGUUCUCUAUGCAUAAUCAGUAUUCAGUGACCUCACUAGUUACUCAAACAGAACAGUCAAGCCUUUAAUUUAAGACGUUAAAUGAUUUAAAUGGGUUUCCUGGUAGAUAUAAAGCUGGUAGAUAUACUUGACCAACAGGGACAGAGAGUCUCUUUGGCAAGAUGUAAACCGUGAUGAUAGAAUUCUUGAUUUUGUGCGUGAUGGACUCAGAUUGUUUUUCUGAAUGUCUGACAACAUUACACAAAGAAAUCCUAAGAAGGAUAGAGCUUUUUGUGAAAGAGGAUAUCUUAAAGCACAAGCAGCUGUUUCAUCACUCUCUACAAAUAAACCCAACCACACUGAUAUAAACAGGAGUUAAACCUAACUAAAUACAGUGUUGUCUUUAACCUUCAACAGUUAUUUUGUGUUAUUUUGUGUGUUCUUACUGAGUACAGGUUCAACCAGUUGUGCAACAAUUUGAAAUUGUGAUGGGAUAGUCACAGACAGAUUGGUUUCGUGAUUAUAAACUUGUUACGCUGUCAAUAACUUGAAAAGUUAAUGAUGCUAUUAUCGUGAUUAGCUUGUGGUUCGGUAAAAUGCUACAAAGAGAUUAACAAUCAUUUUUACACAGUGUUAUUUGCAGCUGAAUUGUGACUGAAUGAACUCCCAUGCUGUGUGUGGUUAAAAAUGUUCAAGUUACUGAUGCGGUUCAGUGUUUUACAGCAGGUCAUUGAACUUAUGGUGCAGAGCAUUUGCUCCACACAGACUUGGGAGCAGUGUUUAAUGGUCACCGCCCUUCAGAAGGCUGUUUUCUCUCCACAGCCUCCAUGCUGCUUCGCUGUUGUGUUGCAUCUGUUUACUUUGCAACAAGCCCAACUUUCCUGCUAUGCCACUGAUUGUAACCAACACACUGAUAUUUUAUUCCCUACCAGCUCAGUGUUUCAUGAAGUGUCAUUCAGUAAAUUAAAAAAGCUCACUCGGUCAUUAUGUAUGACCUUAACCUUGAUGUUUAGUGCUGGGUGCAGAUUCUGCAUCAGGUUUCAUGUGUUUGACACUUUAAGUCACAUAUUUUAGCCUGGGCAAUUUGUCGUCUUGAAUAGUUCUUUGGUCAUUCUUGGCACUCCUGAUUUGUUUCUUAAAUGGAUCCAAAACAUUGCUUCUUGAUCUUUCUGCCACAGCUAAGCCAGUGUUGGGUAGGCCCUAUGCUUGAGAGGGGCAACAUAUUAAGCGUGUGCACCACAGGCUUUAUUCUGAUUUCAGCUGCAUUCUGAGAAUGAAAACAAAGUUUAACUCAGUGUUUUGAAGCCUUUAUGAUGAGUUUCUGCAUGUGCAGGUCCAACUUGAGAUUUUUGUCACGAAUACUAACACAAUAAAAGUAUCAUCAUUGAAUCAGUGGUGGACCAACAACCCCUGUCUUCAGUGACAGAAACAGUAAUCUACAGUUUGUUUAUAUUAAAGGAUUUGGGGGGAUUUGAAGAGUGAUAACAUAGCUGUCUCUGUUUUUUGUUGUCAGCCAUUCAGAACCUGAGAUGUGUCAAAAAGAAAACAAGGGCUAAAGUUAUAGAAUGCAAAACUUAAUCUUUAACUCUGCCUUCAGGAGUCAUGACUCAAUGAAAUUCAAUUCUUACCUUACUUUCAGUUUCGAAGUGCCUACCAGCUGUUAAAAAGUAGUCAAUUUUUUUUAUGUCAAUCUGAAGUCGCUGCAUGAGAAAGCACGAGAAUUGAAUCAGUAAAGCUUACCUCUGUCAUCAGAAGCUCUGCUCUUUGAGAGCGUCUUCAUCCAGGAUUAACAAAAACCAAAAGGGUCACAGUUCAGAAAGUGUUUCUCUAAAGUUGUGCCAAACUGUCUUUGAUAGCCUAGCAUGCUGAGGUGAAGGGGGUAUGAAUGUGGACCAUGUUGCUUUACAGUAUUACUAAUGUUUUUAUAUUGUUCAUUAACAGUUCUCAAUUACGCCUUUUUUAAUUCUGUAAGACUUCAUCUUUAAUGGAAAUAAAACCACUUAAAUAUUAUG